UUGUCUGCACCGAGACGAACAGGAAAAAGACGCGUCAUACCAAAACAAAACAACAAAAGAAAAAACAACAACAAAAACACACGCACAGAUUACACUUAGUCAACGAUGGAAGGCUCGGUGGUAAACGAUGCGCAAGUGACGGCCAACGACGCAAAGCUGACGGACGAUGACGUCAACCGUCUCCAUAAAGAGGAGGCGUCGUCGUCGUCGUCGUCGUUGUCAUCGUCGUCGUGUUUGGCUGGCAAUAACGAGGUGAUACUGAACCACGAAAAACAAGAACCGCAGUCGGCUCCAUUUAUCGAACAAAUCCGACAACUUCCAACGGCUCACGAGGACGAGGAAGUUGGUAAUAGCCAACAACCGUCGCUCAUUUUUGUCGAGUGCAAUCGUCGCCAGUCGAUCGACGACGGCCAGCGUUCAACAGUUCAAGUUUUGUCGCUGAACGAACAACAACAGCCACCGCCCGAGAUCUUGGUUGCCUAUUUGUCCGGCGAGCCGGAAGCCGUGGCUGCCAUUGAACUUUUGAGAGAAGCCCAACGGAUAUGGGAUCAACGGAAGCGCACUGUCACACCAGGCGAACGAACGCAGCAGCCAGGCGACAUCAACCGUCAACAAUCGGCGUCUCCUUUGACGGUCGACGUGGUUGACAUCCAGCCGCCGUCGGCCAACAAUACGACAGCCACUAGACGCUACAGUCACGAGGAUCUGCGAAUCGCCUACACCAACAUCUCGGCCCAGUUGGUGGCCUCGGAACGGAAGAUGAUGGACACGUUUAGCGACAGUCAUCCGACUGCUGCUGCUGCUGCUGCUGCUGCGCCCUUCAAAGCGACCAAACAGCCAAAGAAGGCCGAAUCGCAGCAACAUUAUCGUCGCAGAGCAUCGGCCCAGGCCGAGUCGCUGGCUGGCCAAGCUGUGGCUCGCUAUCAGCACAAACAGCAGCAGCCGCAGCAGCCGAGCAAGAAGAAUUCUAUUCCAGGAACCGUUUCAACAUCCGGCGGACGCAGUAGCAAUCACAAACGAGUGAACGCGACUCCGCGAGGAUCUGUAGUCAGCCAACAACACGAAUCGGACGGCAUCCAGCAGCAUCUCCUACGGCCGCGCUCCAGCAGAGGCUCCGUCGACGUAGUCAGUCAAGCCAUGACGACGGCCGGAAUGGGGGCCAUCAGCACUUCGUCGUCGCGUCGCAAUUCGUCGCUGACCGAUUCGGCCUAUUUGAAAGUGAUGACCAACGAAUCGAUGACGUCUACUGGACGACGGCCGUCCAACCAGCGACUGGGAAGCGCGGCAGUCGACGCCGAUGUUUUGCUGCCCUUGGGAUCGGACGCCGUCAGUUUCCACCGCGAACAGCGUCGUCGGGCGUCGUCCUCCAAAGCUUCUGCCAUUUUCCUAUUGUCGCCGACGAGCAAAGAAGGAGGCGGCCAACUGGUGCCCGAACCCGAGGAUGAAGACGACAACUCGCCAGAAGGUCGGCGACGUCGCCGAACCAUUUCCAUCAUCGCCACCGUCGGCGCCUUUCUCCUCGUCCUCUCCAUUUUGAUGGUUACCGUCACUCUGCGACUGGCCACACACAUCGAUGAUCUCGUGCGCAAAGAAAAUGAAUUGCAGACGUUCACUUCCGUUUCAAGUAACGGGGACAUGAUCCAGAUAAACGGGACGGCAUCCAGUAACGUUUUCUCGCCGCAACAGACGGGCCAGCUGGGGACAAUUUUGAAUUCGACGACAACGGCGGCAACACCGGGCAUCAUCGCUAUACUGGCAGCGUCAAAUAGUUCGACCAUGACUUGAACUACCAACAGUCCAAGAUUAGACAUAGAAUUAACGUCCAUUGCUGCCAGGAACGUUCAAUGAGAAAAACAAAUAAAAUCCAGCACUGUCAUCGUAUUACGUGAAUUGAAUUAUCAAAACAAUGAAAUGAAGCCAAUUCUUAGAUAAUUGAUUGUUAAAUUUGUUGAUUUCAUAUAAAAUUUACAGAGUGACAAGACUACAGCUAAUCCAUCAAAAACCGAGUCACGCUAUUUUCUUCGUCUCAAUUUGUUCUCUUCCAUAUAUGCUGUUAUUUAUUGAAUUGGAAAUGCAUUUGUCGUAAUGGCCCUACUCGUCUCUGACGUAAAAAAAAAAAAAAUACCUUCUCUUUGUUGUUAUUCUCGUUCCCUUUUCCAUCAUCCACCAUCCGCUGAAGAUUUUGCAUACUAUUGGGGUCAAUCGAUCAGAAGAUUAUCGGAGCCAGCCGGGAAUGAUGGAGCUGCAUACACUUUCAUCCAGCCACUGAAAAGAAUGGAAGAAAAUUAGAGGAAAAAAACAAAAAUUCGUUAUUCGUUUGUCGCAGAGUUCGUUUGUAUAACCUAGUCGUUGCCUGACGUUGUUUAUUUGUAAAAUACAAACCAUUUUACCCCCCAGUA